AUAAUAAACCUUGCCAUGCUCUUCAUUAGUUCCCAUAGCUAUGGAAUAAUGUACUAUAGAGGCUGACAAGGCAGGUAAAGCUACUGUCCUGCUGCUGCCCUAGUAACCCCACUGCUAAGACCAAUUAAACUUGGGAAGUGUAUUUAAAGGACCAGUGUAUUGGCAUGGUUAGAAAACCCAGUCCCAUGUAGUCAACAUUAGGCUUUAGCUGGUCAUUUCCUAAAACAUACUAUUGUGUGUCUUGUUUCCUCACAUUCCAUGAAGCCACAUGCAUUUCAGUUCCCUUUUAAAUUGUUAGUGACCAAAUGCAAUGUCUACAAGAGAUUGUAUUAUAUGAUUAAUUGUGGCCUCCAACACCUGUGGCUAUCCGGGAAUAUCUAAUCAUCCCUAGUACAGUGAAUACCACCCCUCUCUGCGACUGAAUUGUUAACAUUCUUUUCAAUUUUUACUUUUUAGUUGUAAAACUACUGAAAUCAAGUUUAGGCACUUUCAUAUUGUCCCCAAGUAACCUAUAAACAUAUGAUAUAACAAUAAUUAUCUAAAUAUAAAUAUAUAAUAUAAUUAUAGGUUCCUUGAAGCUCCAUCAAUCAAACGGCUUUGUUUGAAUACUUCACCCAUACCGCAACCAAUCCAAAAAUCAAGGAGGCGGGACUUUAAGGGAGCUUACCUGAGAGCUUCUACUCAGGGCGACAAAAGCCUAAACAGUCGUUAACUGUUGUCACGGCAACAUUGUGUGUGUGUGUGUGUGUGUGUGUGUGUGUCAGUGGAGCGCAUGUUAAAUGAGUGCAAAGGGUCCUUGAGUUUUUUUAGUAACAGACUUUAGCAAACUAGUUAGUUGGCUGUUGUGGGAUAACAAUGUAGGUUGACCUGUCCACACUGGAAUAUAAUGGUAAGAAAAAACAUUGUUAGCUAAUGGUGCUAGUUUGUUCGCUUGUUUGUUCGCUAGGGUAACCGUUAGUUCGUGCGGAAACAAGUCGUCACCUUGCUAGCAAAUGGAGGCUAGAAUGGUUCGUUAGCUGAAUAAACCAAAGCAAUGUCAAGUCAUAACCUUCCACCGGUGCAGCAUUUGCCACAAUGGACCCGAGUUGGGCGCCUCGGGAAGCCUUGCUCUCCACGGCGUUUACCGGCAAACAAACUGCAGCCGCUGCCUGUCGCCCCACCAGCGGACAGAAGAGUGUGGAGAGCAGCAGAGGUGACCUGUCACAGCGACAUGGACCCCCGCGUCGCGUCAGUGCAGAGGAAUAUCCAGUUCCUUCAGCAACAACACAAGGAGACUCUUGAGAAGCUCCAUGCAGAGAUAGAGUAUCUCAGACGGGAGAAUAAAGAGUUGCAGUAUAAGAUGAUAAUGGAGCCUCCCAAGUCAAGUAGAAAAGGAGUGACACACAGUCGUCGAGGCAUUAGACCACCCACUCAGGGAAGUGAAGCCCGUACGGGACUCUACCUGGAGGAGCCGCUGCAGGACACUCGACCCUCACAGGACCAAGCACUAAGCAAUGAAGAGGGCAGCAACAUUCUGGGAUGUGCCAGGCAGGACCAUAACCCAGAUGCGAAGGGGGGCCUCAUCACCUCAUUACAGCCUCUACGAAUUCACAGCAACCCCUCCCAUCCACCGCGCGCUCCCACACUACAGGAGUGUGAGGUCAUCAUUCGGCAGCUGUACAAUGCUAACAGUUUACAGUCUCAGGAAAUCAUACGUGUGAAGACAUUGCUGAGAGAUAUUGUUUUGAGCAAGAAGAUCACCCCAGAAAACUACAUUCUGACCAAGGCCUACCUUGUUGAUGGUACCAGCAAAUCUUCCGAAGAAAAGAAAUUCCCAAAACUUGGUCUUCAAACAUUUCCUGAAAAAACGUCUGGACCCCCUCAGUCUCGGGUGGUCCUGCCAGCCCUCAAACAGAGCCUCAGCUCCACCAUUGCAGAGAGACAGAGGAGGACCCGUGCUGUGCAGAGGGACCGUUUCAAAAGGACGGUGCAGUGAUCAGAACUUUAACAGCGUUCGCUUCAUCCAUCCAGUGUACAGUUAUAUAUAUCCAUUUGAAGUAUUCCUACAAUUCUUUUUUUUUCAUUAUAUCUCUAAUGGGUACAUAAAUGUACUCAUGAAGGAUGGAUAAUAUGAAACGGUCUACAGACUUAAAAGCUUUAAAUGUUUCACACAAAAAGAAGAAGAAAAAAUGUCUCAAAUCUAGCUUUGUACUGGAAAUGGUACAUUUAUUUAUUUAUUGUUUCCCGAACAAUGCAUUUUUGGACAUUUAAACUAUUAAAGUUCAGCGUUUCUAACUUAACACUGUCUGCUUAUUUUCACCAAACUGAGUCCGAUUUGAGUGAGUUUAGUUUUCACAGCACAUUUGUUAUAAUUCUGCCAUAAUGAUGGUGGAAUUGUUGUAUUUCAGGCCUCUAAAAUCACAUUAAUGAGACAGAAAAAAACUAACAAGCCUAUUUUUCAGGCACUUUUUGUUGUUGUUGUAUGGAGCAGUGUCAUGCUUCAAUUAGCCAGUGUGCUACCAGUCAUGCACGCGGAUUACAACGAAGCACAACAAUAC